AUGUCCUGGCAACCCGCACCCGAGUCGCUGCAGCAGCUUGCUGCGUGCCUCAAGGACUCCCUCAGCGGCUUCGACAAGAAUGCCCAGAAGCAGGCCGACUUGAUGCUCCAGCAGGCCAAGAACUCGCCUGACAUUAACAACUACCUCGCAUACCUCUUCUCCAGCUCCUCGCCUCCCGAUGGCCUCCAAUUCUCCGAGCAAGACUUUCACCUGGUGCGGUCCGCCGCUGGCAUCAUGCUCAAGAACAAUGUCCGGACCGAGUGGAAGAAGAUUCCCGAAUCCAGCCUCCAGCUCAUCAAGAUGGCCGUUCCCAUGUGUCUCCAGGAUAAGAACUCGCAGAUUCGCAACUUUGCUGGAAACAUCGCCACAGAGGUUAUCCGCUGCGGUACUCUCUUGGGCUGGCCCGAGCUGCUACCUCAGCUUCUCGACCUGGUUGGCAACACUUCAGGGCAGACCUCCAACGAGGCGCAGGAGGGUGCCAUGUCCGCUCUGGCCAAGAUCUGCGAGGACAACCUCGGCCAGCUGACCAAGGAGGUCAAUGGCCAGAGGCCUCUCAACUAUGUGCUUCCCCAGUUUAUUGCUGCCACCAAGAGCCCGUUGCCCAAGGUGAGAGCUAGUGCUCUGACGGCAAUCAACGUCUUCACCCCUCGAAAAUCGCAGGCCAUGCUCAACUCGAUCGACGACCUUCUUCAGCACUUGUUUGUCCUGGCCAGCGAUGAAAACACUGAUGUUCGACGACAAGUUUGCCGUGCGUUCGUUCGACUCGUCGAGGCCCGACCCGACAAGCUCCAGCCGCACAUGAGCGGACUCGUCGACUACAUCAUUUCUCAGCAAAAGAGCGACGACGAGGACUUGGCUUGUGAAGCUGUUGAGUUCUGGUUGGCCGUAGGCGAGCAUGAGAACCUCUGGAACGCGCUACAGCCCUACCUCAACAAGAUCAUCCCAGUCUUGCUUGAGUGUAUGGUGUACAGCGGCGAGGAUAUUGCGCUACUUGGUGGUCAGUCAGAUGAUGAGGAGGAGGAGGAUCGCGAGGAGGAUAUCCGCCCCGCCUUCGCCAGAAAGGCCCUUGCGCGAAAGGCCAAUGGUGAAACUUCCGAAACUGCGGGCCAGUCCCAGAACGGCGAAGGUUAUGAGAAGCUUGGUGACAUGGAUGAGGAUCUUGAGGAGGGAGAGAUCGACGACGACUACGACGACGGCGAUGAUGCCAACCCCGACGAGAGGUGGACCGUUCGCAAGUGCUCUGCCGCCGCCCUGGACGUUUUCGCCCGCGAUUUCCGAAACCCCGUCUUCGAGGCCAUCUUCCCCUACCUGUCCCAGAACCUUAAGCAUGACGACUGGCCUCACCGAGAGGCUGCUGUCCUGGCUCUUGGCGCCGUGGCCGAGGGCUGCAUGGAGGUGGUGGUCCCUCACCUUCGUGAGCUAGUACCAUACCUUAUCUCACUGCUCGAGGACCCUGAGCCCGUGGUGAGACAGAUCACCUGCUGGACCCUUGGUCGAUACUCGUCAUGGGCUGCCAACUUGGAGGAUCAGGAGAAGGACCAGUACUUUGUUCCUGUGAUGGAUGGCAUCCUGCGUCACAUGCUGGACAAGAACAAGAAGGUCCAAGAGGCGGCCGCAUCCGCGUUUGCUAACCUCGAGGAGACGGCCGGCAAGAUCCUCGAGCCUUACUGCGGCCCCAUCAUCCAGCAGUUCGUCCGAUGCUUUGGCAAGUACAAGGAUCGCAACAUGUACAUCCUCUACGACUGUGUUCAGACCUUGGCUGAGUUCAUCGGACCUGCUCUGGCAACCCCUGAGCUGUCAGGCCAGCUGAUGCCCGCCCUUAUCGACCGAUACAACCGCGUAUCCGACCAGUCCCGGGAGCUCUUCCCUCUGCUAGAGUGCCUUUCUUAUGUGGCGAUGGCACUUGGCGAUGCGUUUGCUCCCUACGCCGAGCCCACGUUCCUGCGAUGCGUCAACAUCAUCCACGUCAACCUGGAACAGACGCUGGCCGCCGCCAGCAACCCGGCCCUCGACCAGCCUGACAAGGACUUCCUCGUGACGAGUCUGGAUCUGCUGAGCGCUGUCGUUCAGGCUCUCGAUGACGACAAGGCAGCCACGCUUGUCAAGAGUUCGCAACAGUCGUUCUUUGAACUGCUCAGCUUCUGCAUGGAGAACCCUGCCGACCAGGUCCGACAGUCUGCAUAUGCUCUGCUGGGUGACUGCGCCAGAUACGUUUACCCCUUGCUCCAGAGCUACCUUCCCACCAUCAUCCCCAUCCUGCUCAAGCAGCUCGAACUGGAUAACGUCCUGGACGAGGACAUUGACAGUGGAUUCGGCGUGGUUAACAAUGCCUGUUGGUCGGUGGGCGAGAUUGCCAUGCAGCACAAGUCGAACAUGGGACCCUGGGUGCAGGAGCUUCUCCAGAGAUUUGUCGAGAUCAUCACCAACCCUCGCGUGCCCAAGGGCUUGAGCGAAAAUGCCGCGAUGGCUCUGGGUCGACUUGGUCUGGAUAACUCGGAACAGCUGGGUCCUGCUCUGGGAACAUUCUCCGAGGAGUGGAUCAGCCUCAUGGACGAGGUUGAGGCAACCGAAGAGAAGGCGACGGCCUUUAAGGGGUUCUCGAUGAUUGUUGGACGAAACCCCCAGGCCAUGGAGAAGGUGUUGCUCGACUACUUUACGGCGAUUGCCCGAUAUCGUGAUAUGAGCCUGAAGAGCCCCAUCAGGCAAGAGUUGCACGAUGUCUUCCAGAACGUCAUCAACAUUUAUAAGCAAAUAAUCCCCCAGUUUGGCGACUUUAUCAACCAGAUGCAGCCGCGAGACCGACAGGCUCUGGAAGCACACUACUCUCUAUAG